AUGCGCUUUAACAUUGCCUCCAUCUGCGCCUUCGCGUCUCUCGCCACACCACUUGUCUCCGCCGCCUGGCACGACAAGCUCGCAUACUCUGCAAAUGGCUGCACCGUUGGGUCCAUCGUUUGUGGCGUCAAUGGCCAACCGGCCACCUCCAUUGCGCUAGGAGCGAUGGCAUUCUGCUGUUUCAUGGCCAAGGACACGGCGCAGCCUUACCGAACGGGUGAAUUUAAAGAUACGAAGAAAGCUAUAACGACGAAUUGGCAGACAACGGUAAAAAACGUUGGCGCUGCUGCCGUGCUUGUCAAGGACAAAACCGGAGAGUAUGCAGACAAGACCAAGAAGAACAUCGUGAAUUGUGCGAACAAUGUCUGCAAGCUGGUCAGCAAGCCAAAGCAACUCCUUCCUAAAAGGUCCAAUAACAGGAACUAUCGACGCGGCCAGAGGCGCAGCGGAUACAGGAAAAUGAAGCGCUCCUCCCCGGGCAUGCGGGUUCGGAGCGGCAGGCCGAUGGCCAUAGAUUACUAG